UCAGAGCUCCGAGCGAGCAAUUGGGUGGUGGCAUGGCGGAGGCUGAGACUGAGACUGAGGAAUGGACGAAGACGCGUGGAUGCAGGAAGAUUCUCCAGACCCUCGAGGGGGCUAUUGAACAAUUCAAAUUCCAUUCCAGACUUACUAUUUCGGAUGAUUUAAAGGUUGGCUUCUUCACUUCAGACCAUGCUACUCAGACAGACUGCAGUGAAAUUUUUCCAUUGAAAGAUUUGACUCAAUCCACAGAAAAGUUAAUGCGUAUGAUUACGUCACUUCAUGUGGAUUUUGGGUUCCUCAAAGAUUUGGUUCAACUGAAGUUCGAAGAGCGACUUAAAGAAGAGUCUUGGAAAAUUGUUGCUAUGCUCUGUGACAAAAUGUUAGAGUUGAAGAAGCACUACCAGCAGGGAGAAGAGGUCAUGAGAAAAAGCUUUCAACAGCAGCUAUGUGAUGCUAUAGCUGUUAUCAAAGGAAUGUACCAGAAAUUCUUCGAAAUAGAAGACGAAAAAGCUGCCCUGCAAGAUGCAGCAGAUGUCAAAAUGAAUGUUUUGACGAGGAAACUGAAGGAGAAAGAAGAAAUUGUUAGGAAUUUAAAGAAUGAACUAGAACUGUACGAAGAGUUUGGAUUUAAAAAAGUCGACUCUUUUGCCAAGGAGCCCAGCUCUCCAAGGCCAGAAAAGGAACUUUUAGAUUGCAGGGCAGAGAACGAGAGGUUGAUGCAAAUCAUCACAGUGCUUGAGGAGGAGUCACAAGCGGCCAUAAAAGAAAACGAAAUAUUAGAGGAUGAACUUAUGUAUCUGAAAGAGAUUUCAGAGCAGGAUCAGCGAACUAUCCAAAAGUUAAUGGAUAGUAGAGACAGACUAAGGUAUGAGCUGGAUUGUGAAAAAGUAGCCAUUCAAGACAUGAUCAACAGACAGAAAGACGAUAUUGAAAUUAGAAAAAAGUAUGCCAGUAUAACCUCCCGUUAUGGCGGCAAGAGAGGAACAUUUUCCAAGGCAAGAGAGGCUUCUAUCCACCUAACACGUCAAAGCAAAGAGGGGUCACAGUUUCUGCGGCCUCCUUCAGCUUCCCUCAGUGUGUCUCCAAAGUUGAAAAAGAAAUUGUCGAAGAAAUCUAUUAGUGGUGCCUUUGUUCCUUCUGUUACCGAGACGACUCUCACUGUUCCUGCUCCUUCUGAAAUUUUUGCCAGUCUCACUCCAAAGCCUUCAGAAAAGCACGUGACAUUUCUACUACCUAAUAUGAUACCUGAAGAAUUAUUUCUGAAAUAUCAGUUGGUUAAGGAAGAAGAAAAAAAAGCUUUGGAGAAUCAAAUAGCUAUUUUAAAAUCUGCAUUGGAGGAUGGGGAGAAGAGAUUGGAAAGGUUUAAAAAGGAUGCUGAGCAGGCCAACAGAAGCUGGGAGAAGAAAUUCCUCAUCCUCCGAAAUAGCUUUCACGCCCUAAAGAAUGAGAUGUUCACUAGACAAACACUUUAUCGGCAGUGUGCAGUGAGUGGUGACACCUCCUUCAAUUAUGUUAGAGUUAAGCCCUUGUAUGUGCACUCCACUAUGAACCUGGGAGAGUCAUCCCCUCCUCCAACCAUGGUGGAGCCCAGCUAUGAGAACAAACCCAUCAGUCAGGUGUCUCAUCCCGGGUUGUCAGAAGUGAGGUCGUUUGCAUCUCAGAAAGAGAGUUUGAUGGUCUUCAAGCCCCAGCUCUCCCGGGAGCAGCGCAGAGCCACAUAA